AUGAAUCAUUUUUAUCGAGUUGAAAUAUUUUUAGGUGCAAUUGACAAACAAUUACAAGAGCUAAAUCGGAGAUUUAAUGAUGACGCUUUAGAGCUCUUAACUUUAUCAUCUUUGUUAGAGCCCAAAGACGGAUUUAAAAAUUUUGAUCUUGAGAAGGUUUGCUUGAUUGCAGAAAAGUUUUACCCCAUGGAUUUUGCGGAGCAAGAAAGGUACAAUUUGAGGUAUCAAUUGCAACACUUUUUUUGUGAAGCAAAAAAUGAGCCUAGUUUGACUCAUCAUUCUACCUUGGAGGAAUUUUGCGAACACUUGGCACAAACAGGAAAAUCAAAUGUAUACUUUUUGUUUGAUAGACUAAUACGUCUAGUUUUGACCCUUCCUGUCUCCACAGCUACCACUGAAAGAGCAUUUUCAGCAAUGAAGAUCAUGAAAACAAGAUUACGUAACAAGAUGGAGGAUGAGUUUUUGGCCGAUAGUUUAGUUAUUUCCAAUGAAAGGAAGAUUUCUAAGUCAUUUGGUACUAAAUCAAUAAUUGAUGGCUUCAAAUUAUUAAAAGAAAGACGAGCCUUACUGUAG